CCAAAAGUGAAAACAUGUUAGUGUAGUUAAUAAUUAUCAAGCGUAGCGUUAGUUCUGGCAGGUCACGUUAGUCAAGCUUGCAUCAGCUGACUCUCAGCUGAUCCCCAUCUACCUAUAGGGAUACAACACCUAUCUAAGCAUCCAUAUAUAAGGUCCCUCAGUUUAUCAGCAGUUUUUGCAUUGCUCAAUAGCUAAUUACCCUCCUUCAUCCCCAACUCCUCCUCCUCUGUCAGGCAGGAUCCAGCCUUCUGAUUCUCCUUUGAAUCAGACUAAUUCUAAAAUGUACAAAAAUUACUGAACUUUAACGAUAUCUACAUACUUUCGUUGGUUCUGUUCUGUUUACCCUGGGGGGUUAUCACUGCUCUCUUGCAGAGAGUUCUUGCCCAGAACAGAACCAUACCGCCAAUCCAAACUGCUAAUUGUCAAUCCUCUUUGACGAUAGUGGUCCUGACAGAAUUAUAACAUAUAUGCAUGUUACUAAUUACAAACACAAUUUAAUGGAAUUGUAAAAAUGUUGAAUGUGGAAAACAUUUAAUAUCUACUUGAUGUGAUUACAACAUGCAUACACAAACAAUAACUUGAAUGUCCCCUCCCCCUAAUUAUACAUAAUCACCUGCUAUCAAUCUAAUGCUUCAACAGUAUAAGCAGAAAGAGAUAUUGCAACUGCAAGCAAGUAAUAAGACAGCCUAUGAUGACCACGGACCUCUGAGAUCACCCUCAGAUAUCCCCUUGAAUAGAUGUCACCUUACUUACUUCAGAUAUGAACGCAGAAACAUUAAUGGACACCCGGACCGCCACAGCAGAGCUCGGGUGGACGGCGUACCCUUCGUCAGGGUGGGAGGAAGUAAGCGGCUAUGACGAGAACCUCAACACCAUCCGAACGUACCAGGUGUGCAACGUCUUCGAGUCCAACCAGAACAAUUGGCUGCUCACCACCUUCAUUGCACGACGUGGCGCUCAGCGCAUCUAUGUGGAGAUGCGUUUCAGUCGAGACUGCAGCAGCAUCCCGCGGGUGCCUGGAUCCUGUAAGGAAACCUUUAACCUGUACUACUACGAGACAGACUCCGUCAUCGCCACCAAAGGUACGGCGUUCUGGAUGGAGGCUCCGUAUUUGAAGGUGGACACCAUUGCGGCGGACGAGAGCUUCUCGCAGGUGGAUUUUGGUGGUAGAUUGAUGAAAGUGAACACAGAGGUGCGGAGCUUCGGUCCAUUGUCGAAAAACGGCUUUUAUUUGGCAUUUCAGGACUAUGGCGCAUGCAUGUCCCUGCUGUCUGUCCGUGUGUUUUAUAAGAAAUGCCCUAGUGUCGUGCAGAACUUUGCGAUCUUUCCAGAGACCAUGACUGGGGCAGAGAGCACCUCGCUGGUGAUCGCUCGCGGGAUGUGCAUCCCGAAUUCUGAGGAAGUGGACGUACCGAUUAAAUUGUACUGUAAUGGCGAUGGGGACUGGAUGGUUCCGAUUGGGAGCUGCACCUGCAAGGCAGGAUUCGAGCCAGACAACGGGAACGUCUGUCGAGCUUGUCCUCCAGGAACAUUCAAGUCCAGUCAAGGGACGGGUUUGUGUCUUCAGUGUCCGUCCAACAGCAGGUCCACAUCUGAAGCCGCCACUAUCUGCGUCUGCAGGAAUGGCUACUACAGAGCAGACGGAGAGCAGCCAGACAUGCCCUGCACAAGUGUUCCUUCUGGACCGAGAAACGUCAUCUCCAUUGUGAACGAGACCUCCGUGACUCUGGAGUGGCACUCUCCACGCGAGACGGGCGGCCGUGAUGAUGUCGUGUAUAAUAUUAUUUGUAAGAAAUGCCAGGCAGACCGUCGUUCCUGCUCUCAUUGUGACGAUAAUGUGGAGUUUCAGCCCCGGCAGCUGGGACUGACCGAAUCCAGAGUCUUCAUCAGUAACCUGCUGGCACACACUCUCUACACCUUUGAGAUCCAGGCGGUCAACGGCGUCACCAACAAGAGCCCGUAUCCUGCCCAGCACGUCUCCAUAGACAUCACAACCAACCAGGCUGCUCCGUCCAUUGUUCCCAUAAUGCAUCAGGUCAGUUCGACGAUGAAAAGCAUCACGUUGUCAUGGCCACAGCCUGAACAGCCCAAUGGAAUUAUUCUCGAUUACGAGCUGCGCUACUAUGAGAAGGAGCUGUCUGAGGUGAACUCCACGCAGGUGAGGAGUCAGACGAACACGGCUCGUGUGGAUGGAUUACGGCCGGGCACCAUGUACGUGAUGCAGGUUCGCGCCAGGACGGUUGCUGGUUUCGGCAAAUACAGCAGCAAAAUGUGCUUCCAAACCCUCACAGAUGACGACUAUAAAUCAGAGCUGAGGGAGCAGUUGCCACUGAUUGCGGGCUCAGCCGCGGCUGGAGUGGUCUUCAUUGUGUCUCUGGUGGCCAUAUCUAUAGUCUGUAGCAGGAAACGAGCUUACAAUAAGGAGGCCGUGUACAGUGACAAACUCCAGCACUACAGCACCGGAAGAGAACUCACUUUGAGGCCAGAUCUGUCCAACUGCCACACACCCAUGGGCUGCCCGACCCUGCCAGGCUCUCCGGGGAUGAAGAUCUACAUCGACCCCUUCACCUAUGAAGAUCCUAAUGAAGCCGUCAGAGAAUUCGCCAAGGAAAUAGACGUCUCCACUGUCAAGAUUGAAGAAGUUAUCGGGGCAGGAGAGUUCGGGGAGGUGUAUAAAGGUCGACUGAAACUGCCUGGAAAACGAGAGAUCUACGUUGCCAUCAAAACACUGAAAGCAGGCUAUUCUGAGAAGCAGAGACGUGACUUCCUGUCCGAGGCGUCAAUCAUGGGGCAGUUUGACCACCCCAACAUCAUCCGCCUGGAGGGUGUGGUCACCAAGAGCCGACCGGUCAUGAUCGUCACAGAGUUCAUGGAGAACGGGGCGCUUGACUCCUUCCUUAGGCAAAAUGAUGGGCAGUUCACAGUGAUCCAGUUGGUGGGGAUGCUGAGGGGAAUUGCCGCUGGCAUGAAGUACCUGUCGGAGAUGAAUUACGUCCACCGAGACCUGGCCGCCCGCAACAUCCUGGUCAACAGCAACCUCGUGUGCAAGGUGUCGGAUUUCGGCCUGUCCCGUUAUCUGCAGGAAGACACCUCUGACCCCACCUACACCAGCUCACUGGGUGGAAAGAUCCCUGUGAGAUGGACCUCGCCGGAAGCUAUCGCGUACAGGAAGUUCACUUCUGCUAGUGACGUCUGGAGUUACGGUAUCGUCAUGUGGGAGGUGAUGUCUUUUGGCGAGAGGCCCUAUUGGGACAUGAGCAACCAAGAUGUGAUCAAUGCUAUAGAGCAGGAUUACAGGCUGCCGCCCCCCAUGGACUGUCCCACUGCUCUCCACCAGCUGAUGCUCGACUGCUGGCAGAAAGAUCGGAACGCUCGGCCACGCUUCACGGAUAUCGUCAAUACGCUGGACAAACUCAUCCGCAACCCCACCAGCCUUAAAGCAGUCGCCAGUAUACCUACUAUUCCGUCCCAGCCGUUGUUGGACAGGUCCAUCCCAGACUUCACCACCUUUAGUUCUGUAGAGGACUGGCUGGCCGCCGUCAAGAUGUCUCAGUACAGAGACAACUUCCUCAACUCUGGCUUCACAUCCCUACAGCUGGUCACCCAGAUGACUUCAGAGGACCUGUUGAGGAUAGGUGUGACUCUAGCCGGCCAUCAGAAGAAAAUCCUCAACAGCAUUCAGUCCAUGCACCUGCAGAUGUCUCAGUGCCAGACAGGCACAGCGCUGGCAUGACUACAGGGGGCGCCGGACGACGGGCCGGGCAGCUUGCGGAAGAAUUACCAGCGGGUGAGCCCAAUCCCAUCGGAGCGCGCCAGAAUAGAGACUAUCAUCCUGAUCUGAGAACGUGCUUCAGGAAAGGAACCAUUAUCCCAUAUCCAACAGACCAGAUCAGAACAGGACCGCCGGGACUCACAGGACGUCUGUUAACCCAUCAGCCAUUUGUCUCUUCGGGCUACAUUUACAGGGAAAACCGAAGAAGCGGACUCUUUUUGUCCUCUUCUCAUCAUUAAUUACCUUUACGAUGCUUAUCCAGAAAUCACAGUGACUGCUCAGAUUCCGAGACGUCUUGCAUCAUUUUCUACAAGGUUCUUUCGUUCUUCUUUUUUUCCGUUUUUUUCCACUAUAAACCUUCUAUCGUCACUGCUUCCCUCUUACACUACCUGUCAAUCUCGUUAUGGCUGACGUUGCCAAAGGACAUACUGUAUGCCUGCGUCCCAUCCCUAGGCCAUACGAGCGUAAAUGAUGUAUAUCUUUAAAUAAAUACGAGUAUAUCUUCAGAGUAAACCUUCAUAUUGAAGGUGAAGUGUAACGGACCUGUAUGUAAAUACCCUCUUCUUCCGCUUGCAUUUUUGGCAAUGUUGCGCGUUGGACAAGAACCUCCGAUUCUGCAGGACAUGAACUCGCUUACGUCAGCGCGACGCCACGAGAACAAUCUGGGAUGAACUCUGACUCUGUCGAUGUUGUGUAAAUAUCAGUUAGUUGUGUAUAAACUAGCGUUAAAAAGAUAUACUUUAGGUGAAAAAAGCUACGCAUUCAGGCCACUUAACAGUGUUUAUUGUAGGUGUUUCCACGCUGAUGAGCACUUACGUGUACAGCUUUUCUUUCUUCCACCUCUUCUUCUUCUACUUCUAGUUGUUCUUGUUAGUUUCGUGUCAGAGUGUUUGAAUGCGUCGACUAGCGUUGGGAAGGUGCGUCGUCACCGCCUAAACUAGCUAGUACAUUUAAAUGUAGUUCCACUGUUAAUAAGCUGUACUAAUGUUGGUCUUACAGGGUCUUUAAAACCGCUAAUCUGUUUCCAAGCACGUGUUUACAUGAUAAGCCAACGGAAAGGUCGCAGACAGGAAAUGAAGAGACUCGCGAAACCGCUGCCCUUCACCACUUUUAUCAGGCCGAGUCACUCUCUCGGCUCCAGAUGCUUCUCGAUGACAUUGCUAAAUGCGGUACAUGUUCUUUCGUGUCAUCAGCUCUCCAUUUAUUUGUGUGUGUCUGGACUGAACAUCUGUGUGACCCUUCAUGAACAGAUGCCUAACGCCACCCCAUUGAGCACAUUCUACUUAAGCAGUCAGUUAAGCACUGGGUAACACACACACACACACACACGGUCUGUUGAUGGCUUUGGGCUGUUCCUUUUUGGUUGCCAUGGAGAAAUAGAAUCAGAUGAUUGAUAAUGAUAAUAAUAAUAAUAAAAUAUUAUUAUUAUUAUUAUUAAUAUUAUUAUUGUGACGUGACCAAUAACUAAACUAACAUUUUUUUUAAAAUAGUAAGAUAAAAAAUGAACUAGAAGCGAAAAAUAAUAAAUAAAUAAAAAGUGAAUUUAAAUGUUAAAAAAAAAAAAUCAAUGUAGUUACUUAAAGAGACCUAAACUACUCAAAAGCCAAUUUAAAAGUAAUAAUAAUAAAAAUAUGAAUGAUUGGGAGCUUACCUAUUCUUUGUGUGCUGCAAAUACGUUACUUGCAGCAUUCCUCAUUUAUAAGUUGCUUUGGAUAAUAAAGUGUUGAAUAAAUAUAAAAGUAACUGGUAAAAUGUUCCAGCUUUUGGGGUCAUAAUGGCUAAAAGCAUCUCCACAGGAUCUCAUAAGGUUUAACAUUAAAGGACCCCAAUGUACUGUAAGAUUUGAAACAUAAUGGUUUGUAGAGGUUAGCAGCUGUACCAUUCAUUUGCCUGAUGUAAAUGUGUGUGUAAUGAAUAAGCUGCUACAUUGCCUGUAAGUUAAUGAGACUCAUGGUUUAUGGUUAUUCUCUAAGAGCAACACACACACACAAUCCAUCAAGCAGAUAUACCCAAGGUGUUGCACCUAAUUGGCUACAAUGAAUUUCACCAUGGCAACCAAAGAGCGUAUUGGCUCUUUGUUAAGGAUGACACACUUUUACAGCUUCUGCCAAGAGGCAUAUUCUUUUUGUGCAUGCACACACACACCUCAGCUGUAUUACAUUGUAGAAAGUGAACCUGUUCCUCCAUACGAUGAUAGUAGCGAUAAUGUCUGGCUCUAUAAAAGUGUUAGUGUGAGAUGAAGAUGUCUUCCCCUCUGCCUCUGCUUAAAGGCAGCUCAAUUAAUGAUCAUAAAGUAUCGUCGCCGUGGCCCGUUUCCAGCUCGUUCGCGGCGGGGCGUAACCAAGCUGUCCGGCGUCCUGCCGUAUGGCCCAUCUGAAAAAUGGCUGACUUGCGCUCAACGCCGUGGAUACGCUGGGGAGGGCGGAGCAUGCUGGGAUACCUGCGGGUACAGCACACAGACCGAGGAGAGUGAUGAAUGAGCUGGAGCGAAUCAGAGAAUGAAAGAGAAAACAAGAGCGAGAGACAGCAGAAAGUGCAGGAUUGAGAAGGAAAUGAGGAGAAAUGGGGAAUAAAGAAAAAAGAAAUAGACAGACAUUAGAGAUCAGAGUAUUAAGUCAGCAUGAAAUUAAAUUUCAAUUGACCCUAUUUUCUUUCUAACGACAUAAUUCUUUCAACUUCUCCCCUCCAACCACAUGAGUUAUUCUCUAUUCUUUUCACAGUCCAAUCAUGGUGGUUAAAAUUAAGUCACAUCAUCAUAUUCUGUUUCACUUGUAAUUACCGCAUAUUGAAGUGCAAUGGGUUGCAAAUGCAAAUGGUAUUUCAUGUUGACUUCCAGGUGUGAUUUGUUGAGAGAGGGCUUAUAGUAUAACAGUGGUUGACCAAUAUGGGUUUUGGAAAAUGGAAAAUGCCAAUAUCUAGAACAGGGUAGAGUGUUUUUUGUUGUUGUUGUUUUUUUUUAACUGAUCAUGUAUAUUAUUCAUCAUAACUUAAA